CUCUCGGUGAAGCUCAAUAUGACAAUAUACGUCACAAGAUGGCGCCGGCCAGACUCUGCUGGGCCUUAGGUUGUGCGCAGAAAACUAUCAGGCAUUAAACUUGUCAGGUAGAGACGUACAGCAACGGUAUCUGUGAUAGCCACAGUAUUUUAUCUGAAGACGUUUUAUAAUGGAUCCUCAUGGAACUGGUGGCAGUGGCAGCAACGUACCUGCUUUUCUUGCCAAGCUUUGGACUUUGGUGGAAGAUCCAGAAACUGACCCUCUAAUCUGCUGGAGUCCGGAGGGAAAUAGUUUCCAUGUUUUUGACCAAGGUCGGUUUGCUAAGGAUGUGCUACCUAAAUACUUCAAACACAACAACAUGGCCAGCUUUGUGCGUCAACUGAACAUGUAUGGAUUUCGGAAGGUGGUCCAUAUUGAGCAGGGUGGACUUGUGAAGCCAGAGAAGGACGACACAGAGUUCCAGCACCCAUAUUUUAUCCGCGGUCAAGAAAGUCUUCUUGAAAACAUAAAACGCAAGGUCAACAAUGUGACCUGCACCAAGAAUGAGGAAGUAAAGGGUCGGCAGGACAAUGUCGGCAAACUGCUCACAGACAUCCACAUUCUGAAGGGAAAACAGGAGAACAUGGACUGCAGAAUACUGGCUAUGAAACAUGAGAACGAGGCUCUGUGGCGUGAGGUUGCCAGUCUAAGACAGAAGCACUCGCAGCAGCAGAAGGUGGUGAAUAAGGUGAGCAGGAACUACACAAGGAGGUCACUGGCAGACAGCAGAAUGUGUGAGGGGCAGCUAUCUCUGCACCUGCUGACUGAGGGCCAGAUUUGUCAGCAAGUUCACAAACCCCAAAAUAUAAAGAAUGUAUUUUGUGGGGUGUCCUUGUGCAGCAGGCCAGUAUGGGGGGGCAUUAGACCUUGAGAGAAAACCGUACGCAGGAGGGGACAGUAACCCCUGAAAGAUCCAAUUUGUAGACAGAGGGUCACCACAGCAAGACUAGAUGUAGGUCAAGGGCGGCUGGUUUGUGUCCUUCUGGAGUCCUCACUCUUGUUUAUGGAGCUUUUUCUGCUAAUGUUACUUUCUCAGUCUUGUUUUCUGGAAUUGACCUGGAAAUAAUUUAGCAUUACAACGCUGGGAUUGUCACAAUAACCUAAAUAUGUCAGCCCCCUUUCAACACCAGAAUAAAGAUACUUAUAGUUAGAUUACAAGUGGUGCGCUAACAUGAACAUUGUGCACGCUCUAACUUGUGUACGUAUUAAGAGUUGAAAGUAAACGCAAGGGCAAACUAAGUUUGUGCUCAUCAGGUGAGUGCAUCUGAAGACCUCCCACAUUGCAUUAAACUUAACAUAAAUACAUUAAAAUUAAGCAGGAGGAAGCCAUCAGUGUGUGUGUGUGUAGUCACAGUACAGGAGGAAGCCAUCAGUGUGUGUGUGUGUAGUCACAGUGCAGGAGGAAGCCAUCCCUGUGUGUGUGUAGUCACAGUGCAGGAGGAAGCCAUCCGUGUGUGUGUGUAGUCACAGUGCAGGAGGAAGACAUCAGUGUGUGUGUGUAGUCACAGUACAGGAGGAAGCCAUCAGUGUGUGUGU